AAUCUUAUGGUUAUUGAUCUUUCUUUGUCGAGCUAUAUCACCUGGCGGUCAAAAUGACUGGUGGAUGUUGUCGCUCUACGGAGUAGUACCGCAGGUGGAUAUUAUCAUCGGCGUAACUAGAAUUUAGCUCCGACUUCCCACUACGCAAUGAAACCACCGAGAAACCAUAACACGCUCCACCAAGCUACAACACAUCAGCCCCGCGUCUUUGCAACGUCACAAAAAAUCUCCAAUUGAGAUACCUCUCGCUGUCUUACGAAACAUAAAAUACACGAACCCGCAGGUCGCAUCAUAACGCAGUAUGUCCUCCGGCUUCGUGUCCGGCGGGACCAACGAGCAGCCGAUUGAGCGUGACGACGCCUGGCUCGAGGCACAGCAGCAGAUCGAAGAGACACGGCGGCGAAAAGAGGAAGAAGGGAAGCAAGAUGGCGGAAAGAGCUUAUUCGAAACCCUACAGGCCAAUAAAGCCGCCAAGCAAGACGCCUUUGAAGAAUCCAUCAAGCUCAAGCACCAAUUCCGCUCACUAGACGAAGAUGAAGUCGAAUUCCUCGACUCGGUGCUCGAAUCGACCCGCGCCCAAGAAGCUGCAUUGAAGAAGGAAACGUCUGAACAGCUCGACUAUUUUCGAAAACAGCAAGAACAAGCUGACAAAGCUCUCCUCGCGGCUGAAGGAGAGCAGGAUGCGCAGACCGGUGCAGGAAGCGGUAGUCCCACCGCCACGGCCGAAGAGGAGAAUUGGGCGGUCAGUGGCAGGAAGCGCAAGAAGGGAAAGGACGGCCAAGGAGGGUUGAGAGGCGUGAAACUCUUGCGCAAAUCCUCCUCUGCGUCGGGCGCGAACGAGAAGCAGAAGAAUGCGGCGUCUCCUGGUUCUGAUUCGCCGGAUACAAAGGGGGUAUCUUCUGCUGCGAAACCUGCGCAACAGGGAGGAGAAAAGCCUACUGCUACAGAAAAGGACGAAAAGGACGAACAGCACAAGGCGAACGCAAAGAAGGAGUUGAAUGGGACUACACCGCCUGUUUCCUCGGCAGAUGCGAAGGCGAAUGGGACAGUCCCGUCUCAGGAUAAACAGAAUUCACCGUCAAAGCCGGUAUCUGGCCCGACCAAGGCUCCAGCACCUGCGACUAGUGGUUCUUCGUUAGGGCUACAGCUCGGAGCAUAUGAUUCUGAUGAAGAUUGAAUUGUUAUCUGGAUUGUACCGGCAUGGAUUAUGUGGAGUUUGGCGCAUGCAAUUCUGCUCUUGAGUUUCGGGGUUAUUCUUGUACCAGCAUUGACAUGCCAAUGGCUAUUUGACUUGUCCAGGUUUGAUGGUUUGAUGCAUGGCGCAGAUACUAUGGCUACUAUGGUUUUGGACUGGGUUAAAAGCACUUUUUUUGCGACAUUGUGCUGUGAAAUUUCUUUUUGUUUUUCGUUUCGGGCAAGACAGGUCGAGAUUUCGAAUCUUUCUGCACCUGCAGUAUGAACACAGCUCAACAUAUUUGAUACUGUACAAAGGCCUGCUAUUGAACAACUAGCAUUGAAUCUCCUUGCUGAUUGUACGUAGUUGUACGUAAGUGGAGAUGUAGAAGAACAAGAAAAGAAAAGAAAAAAAAAAAUGAACCGCUU